GAUGCCAGAUCAAUAAAGCAUGCGUGUUUUUGUCUCUCUGAUACCCGGGAGCGGAGGUCGAGGUGCAGGAUGGCACUUGCACUAUUAAACAUCAUGUUGGUCGCCCUCCCCAUGGCCCACUGUUACCCGACUGUCUUUCAAGACCUACCGCAGGGGAGCAAGAACAGGUCUUCUAUCAAGUUCCUGGCGGUCGGGGACUGGGGGGGAGUGCCCUACCCGCCCUACGUGACCCCCGUGGAACAGACCACCGCUCGGGAGAUGGGGAAGAUCGCCAAGCAGAUGGGAGCCGACUUCGUUCUGGCCCUCGGCGAUAACUUCUACUACACCGGCGUUGACAGUGUGGACUCUCCUCGGUUUAAUGACACGUUUGAGUCAGUGUUCACCGCCAAGUCUCUGAACAUCCCCUGGUACGUCCUGGCCGGCAAUCACGACCACGCCGGAGACGUCAGAGCCCAGAUCGACUACAGCCGCAAGUCCAGCAGAUGGCGCUUCCCCUACUUCUACUACGAGCUCAACUUCCGCAUCCCCUCCACGGACAAGACGCUGGCCAUCAUCAUGCUGGACACGGUGAUGCUGUGCGGGAACUCGGACGACUUCGUGGGCGAGAAGCCGCAGCGGCCGCUGAGCGCCGUGGACGCCAGCCGCCAGCUGACCUGGCUGAAGGCCCGGAUGAAGAAGUCCAGGGCCGACUUCCUGCUGGUGGCCGGACACUACCCGGUGUGGUCGGUGUCGGAGCACGGCCCCACCGAGUGCCUGCUGAAGCUGCUGCGCCCCCUGCUGGUCAAGCACAACGCCACCGCCUACUUCUGCGGCCACGACCAUAACCUGCAGUACAUCGUGGAGAGCGAGGUGGGCUACGUGGUCAGCGGCGCCGGUAACUUCCUGGACCCGGACGUCCGCCACUGGCACCACGUCCCCAGGGGCGCGGUGCGGUUCUUCACCGGGGAGGCGUCCACCCUGGGGGGCUUCGUGCACGGGGAGGUCUCCGAGGACCAGAUGGUGUUGACCUUCUUCCAGGCCAAGGGCACCUCGCUGUACCGCACGGUGCUGCCCCGACGGGACCUGGACUAGGCAGGGACGGGACCUGGACUAGGCUAGGCAGGGACGGGACCUGGACUAGGACGGGACCUGGACUAGGCAGGGACGGGACUAGGACGGGACCUGGACUAGGACGGGACCUGGACUAGACUAGGCAGGGACGGGACCUGGACUAGACUAGGCAGGGACGGGACCUGGACUAGACUAGGCAGGGACGGGACCUGGACUAGGCAGGGACGGGACCUGGACUAGACUAGACUAGGCACGGGACAGGGUCGAUCCCGGUCACAGGAUCAGGAGUGGUCUUGUGGUUAUGGUGGAGAACCCCGGUACUCUACAGCCUUGGAAAAUAUAAUCGCAGACUUUGCUAUCUAUGUAUCCUAGCUACUUGUAUCUGGUUUUAAUACAGAAUUGUUGUAACUACGAAGAGAAAAUGUAAAUUUUUAGAAUGAUUUUAAUGCAUUGAUAAUAAAAUAUGGAAGAUGUACUGUACAUUGGUGUCCAAUGGCUUCUGUU